AUGAAUAAUAAAGUACUUGUUAUAGACAAUGGAGGUUAUACUUUGAAAGUAUCUUAUGUGCCUCCAACAAACGAGAAUGUAAAUACAAUAGUUAUACCUAAUCAAGUAGGUAAGACAAAGAACGAAAAGAAAUAUAUAGUUGGAGAUGAUCUUUCGAAAUAUCAUAAUUCAUCUUCGGAUAUCAAGUAUCGUGGUCCUAUGGAGAGAGGUUACAUUACAAACUGGGCAGUAGAGAAAGAGAUUUGGGAUCAUCUGUUCAAGCGCGACGAUCUUAAAGUGAAACCGCAAGAGACUUCCUUACUACUUACAGAGGCACCAUUCGAUUUCGAUGAGAUCAGACGUGCUCUUUAUGAGACCGUCUAUGAACAAUAUAAAUUUAAAUCAUUAUCUUUAAUGACUCCAUCUACAUUAGGUCUUUAUAAUUAUAAAAUGGAAAAUGCUUCAUCGUCAUUCACUAGUUCACCAUGCCAGUUGGUAGUGGAUUGUGGUUACUCAUUUACACAUGUUAUUCCUCACUUUCAAAAUACUAAAUUAAACUAUGCCAUUAAAAGAUUCCAAAUAGGUGGUAAAGUGUUGACAAACUACUUGAAAGAGAUAGUAUCAUUUAGAUAUUGGGAUAUGAUGCAUGAAACUAGACUACUAAACACCAUUAAAGAGAGAAUCUGUUUUGUUUCACAAGAUUUCAUCAAUGACAUAUCAACUAAAGACAAAUCAAGGCAAUCUCUAUUAAAAGUAGACUAUGUAUUACCAGAUUACACAAAUAAUAAUACAACAGGUUUCAUAAAAAAUAAACCAUACUUCCCAAAUGAUAAAGAUGAAAAUAAUGAUAACAACAACAAUAAUAAUAAUAAUAAUAAUAAUGGGGAUACAGAAAUGAAAGAAAACAACGGAUUAACAACAGAAUCAUCAUCAAAUAGUAGCAAUGAUAACAAUGAUCAAUCAAAAGAAUCAACAGAGACAACGGCCACAGAGAAAGGUGAAGAAGAAGAAGAGGAUGAACAGAUUCUAUCAUUGGUGAACGAAAGAUUCUCAGUUCCAGAGUUGAUUUUCAAUCCUAAUGACAUAGGUUUAAAUCAAGCGGGUCUUGCAGAGAGUAUCGUUCAAUCAAUUAACUGUACUGAUGUCAACCUCCAUCAAUCACUCUACUCAAACAUAUUGCUACUGGGGGGCACAACAAAGAUUGCUGGAUUCAAACAACGCCUCUUUAAAGAACUCAGAUCGCUGGCACCCGACAACUUACCAGUGAAGAUCUAUACACCAGAAGACCCAAUAUUAAGUGCAUUGUAUGGUGGUAUUAAAUUUGCACAGCAACCAGAUUUCAAUAAAUAUACAGUGACAAAGCAAGAAUAUGAAGAAUACGGUUAUCCAUUGGCAAACAAAAGAUUUUAUUGA